AUGGCUAUGAUGUCAUCAUCACCACCACUAUACGUCGGAGACCACCAUCCACCUACACCUCUGCUUCACUCGACCAGCACCAACGUUCAACUCAUCGCAAAUUGUCAGCUUCCUCCCCGACAACACCCCAAUCAUUUGUCUCAAAAGGUCGAUCGUCUCUGCCAAUUGAAAAACCUCACCGGAGCUCUGACUUUGCUCCACGACUCGCCUUCUGAACUUACAGAAACAGCCAAAGCAACCGGUAUUCUAUUGCAGGCAUGCGGUGGAGACAAAGACAUCGAAACCGGCCGGAAAGUCCACCAACUGGUUUGGUCAUCGCCGCACUUGAGAAACAACUCAAUCCUCAACACUCAAAUUAUCACGAUGUACUCCGUUUGUGGAUCUCCCUCCGAUUUACGAUUCGUUUUCGAACAAUUAGAGAACAAGAACUUAUAUCAAUGGAACGCAAUCAUCAACGGAUACACUAGAAACGAUCUCUGUGAUGAUGCGAUUCUUGUCUUUUCCCAGUUUUUGCAAACAGAGCAUAUACCUGAUAAUUUCACCUUGCCUUGCGUGAUUAAAGCUUGUGUCGGAGCUCCGAAUUUGAUGUGUGGACAAGUGGUUCACGGCAUGGCCGUGAAGACAGAUUUGAUCUCAGAUGUCUUUGUGGGUAAUGCGUUGGUUGCAAUGUAUGCCAAGUUUGGAUUUGUAGAUGAUGCAGUCAAGGUGUUCGACUUUAUGCCUGAAAGAAACUUGGUCACAUGGAAUUCAUUGAUUUCAGGGUUCUCAGACAACGGGUUUUCUCAAAAAAGUAUCCAUCUGUUCAUGGAGUUUCUGGUUGCCGGAGAAAGUUUGACACCUGACGUUGCUACAUUAGUAACUUUGCUACCAGUUUGUGCUUCCGAAAGAGACGUUUUGUUAGGAAAAACCAUCCACUCUUUGGCUGUGAAACUGGGAUUGUAUCAUGAUUUGACGGUGCAAAAUGCAUUGAUGGAUAUGUAUUUGAAAAACAGAUACAUGUUAGAAGCCCAUAUCGUUCUUGAUAAAAUAAAAAACAAGAAUGUGGUUUCUUGGAAUUCGAUUAUUUGGGGUUGUUCAAAAGAAGGUGAAGUUGGACAUACAUUUGAACUUCUUCGCAAGAUGCAAAUGGAAAAAAUAAAACCCGAUCAGGUAACCAUUCUAAACGUCCUAAAAGUUUGCUUACAUCAUUCACAUCUCUUAAAGGUAAAGGAACUUCAUGGGUAUUCAAUUCGACAUGGCAUUGAAUCUAACGAAUUGGUGGCAAAUGCUUUCAUUACAGCUUACACAAAACAUAAGUCAUCAUAUUGUUUGGGUGAAAAUACUUUUAACCUCAUGAAAAACACAACAGUAAGUUCUUGGAAUACACUUAUCAGUGGCUCUGUGCGAAAUGGUGAUCCUUUAAAAGCGAUAGAUUUAUAUGUUAAAAUGACAUCUUUUGGGAUUGAGCCUGAUUUGUACAGCAUCAGUAGCUUGCUUUUAGCUUUUCAAGAGCUCAAGUUGCUUAACUAUGGUAAACAAACUCAUGGGUUUGUGGUUAGAAAGGGGUUAGAAACCGAUUCACAUAUCAGUAAUUCAUUAAUUUCUUUUUACAUUCAAUGUGAGAAACUCGUGUCUGCAAGGUUUGUGUUUGAUAGAUUGGUGAAUAAAAAUUUAGUGUCAUGGAAUUCAAUUAUCGCUGGUUACUCACAGAAUAAACAACCAAACAAAGCAUUAAAUAUCUUCCGAAAAAUGGUGUUUAGUGGGACCCAACCGUAUGAGAUUGCAACCACAAGUGUGUUAAGCGCUUGUUCACAGUUGUCUGCUCUAAAGCUAGGAAAAUCAAUCCAUUCUUUUGCUUUAAAAAAAAACCUCACGAGGGACGUUUUCGUAAUAUCUUCAAUCAUAGACAUGUAUGCGAAAACGGGCAGCAUAAAAGCUGCCCGGAAUGUUUUCGAGCGGUCAGAUAAAAACCAUGUUGGACUCUGGACAGUUCUGAUUGCAGGCUAUGCGAUUCACGGGCAGGGAAACGAAUCCAUAAAGCUGUUCAUAGAAAUGAAAAGGUUUGGAAUGAAACCUGAUCAUUUCACCUUCAUUGCCAUUUUAAUGGCAUGUAACCAUGGUGGAUUAGUCAAAGAAGGUCUUGAAUUCUACAAUGAGAUGGAUACUGUUCAUGGAGUCGAGCCAAAAAUCGAGCAUUAUGCAUGUUUAAUCGACAUGCUUGGUCGUGCAGGACGCUUUGUUGAUGCUAUGAUGGUUGUUGCUAAAAUGCCUGAAGAACCUGAUGCUAGAAUUUGGAGUUCAUUGCUUAGUUCAUGUAGAAUUCAUGGUAAUAUGGAGUUGGGAAAAGAAGUUGCUGAAAAGUUGUUAAAACUUGAGCCAAAUAAACCAGAAAACUAUGUGUUGUCAUCGAACCUUUUUGCAAGUUUAGAAAAGUGGGAUGAUGUUAGAAUGAUUAGGGAAAAGAUGAAGAAGAUUGGGGUGAAGAAAGAAGUUGGUUGUAGUUGGAUUGAAGUUGAAGGGAAAGUAUAUAACUUCCUUGCUGGAGAUAAUGGAGCUCAAGAAAUGUAA